AUGACGGAAACAAGUACUGAACAGGGUUUCGACAUUCCUGUCCCUGUCAAAACAUCCCCUUUCAUCGGGCCAUUUGACCCCUCAGCACACGACGUGUCCGCGUUCGAUUUUUCCUUUACCGCCAACGCGCAACGAACCCUCCAAAACACCAGGCGUGAGAGGUUCGCGAAGAAAACGAGGAAAGUGCGUGGAAUCGCUGCCCGCGCACGCAUGCAGAAGACCAUGUCGGCGCAAUGCUUCGCCGCCCACAACACGGCCAGUCGCAUGGCUGCCUUCAAGGCCUAUCGGCAAAAGGCGAAGUUCGUGGUGGCGGCGUCGCCCCGCAAGAGACGGCAUUUCACCGAAGAGACCGGCUCCCGGUGCGAGGACUCGGCCGAGUUCGAUCCUCACUUCGAACUCGCCGUGGAAGAGGGCUUGUUUACCCUCAACUGGGCCAAAGCCGAUGUCCGUAACCACCUACGAGCCAUACAAUACGAUCCCUUGGCGACCGAUGCCAGUAAGACGUGGCAACGAAUGGUUGGGGCAACCACAACAAAGCGCAAAGCCGACGGGACGCGCCGCGGAUGGAUCCGUUCGCGCCAGGUUCACCCUGAUGUGGCUUACCUGCUGACUUUCCCGGGUGACCGAAUGUCCGCGUAUAAGGCUCACGAUCUUCUCGAACGGAGGGAUCUUCUCCCUCUCGACCCCAUCGCUGAGACAGAGAACACCAGCGUCGUGUUGCCGACCGAGGUGCCAUCGACAGCCACCCAUAUUUCGGAGGCCAGUAGACAGGCGAGGCUCGACGCCGUAAGAUGGCGGCUUGACCCUGAAAGUCAGGACGAGGUGGCGGAUUUGACGACGCAGGAGAUGGAACAGACUCCUGUAGCCCCGUCAUCUCCUAUCGCCACGAAUCAUUCGGCAUCUGGUGUGGAGGUUCCCUCGGAAGAGAAAUCUCCAGUUCAGGAAGCGGAUCCAGUCCGCGUAUUCCAGGUGCCCUCCUUCAUCUCCGACACCACGUACUUGCAGGGCUCGGAACAACCCUGCACCCCCCCAGCAAAGACCACUUCUGCACAGCAGAUUCUCGACGUGGAUCUUAACGAACAUCCAGACAUCUUUGCGUCGGCUUUACUGCCAAAUCGCAACACCGCUUACCUACCAGCCGAACUCUCCACCACGCAACCGAACUUCGCCGCGACCCCUCAGCCUUCGUCUCCUUCUCCCAGUGUAGGGUCUGCAGGCGACGACACGGCUGUCUAUGGCUGCUGGUCUCCGCUGGCCUGUACUCCUUCUGCCGUUACCGUAUCCCGAUCGCACGCCGACGUCGAUUCUUCUGCUCUUGUCACCGAACCAGAGCCGCAGCAAGAACAGAGAAAGGAAUGCGAAAAGGAACAGGAACAAGAAGAGGAAGAGGAAGAAGAGGAAGAACAGAACACCGCAGUUGCGGCCACAGUUCAAGCACUGGCUAACCUGGUUGAGCCUAUCCGACAGGUGCCAGACAGUCGGGUCAUCCUAUCGCAGGAGAACGGCCGCUUCAUCAUCCGGGUUAAGUUGCCGGAGGAAUGCGCCGACCCGUUCUUGCCCCACGAGCCGUGGCAGGAGUGUGAAGUUCAGACUGAACCACAGCAAGAAGAGAGCGAAGAACAGGAUGAACCGGACAGGGUGCUGCUCCAGGAAGAGAACCACGCGGCGGUGAAGGAAGAAAUGACAGUAGCGGAAAAUGUCACUGACGAUGACCCGCGUGACUUGCUCCGUCAGUUUGUCACCAAGCACCAGGCAGGAAAGGCUAAAGCAGCGCCCGAUGCUCCGGUCGUUUCGAGUCCUGUCCCUUCGGGAACUCCCAUCACCAUCAAGUCCACCCCUGCUGCUGCCGCUGCCGCUUCUGCUUCUGCUUCUCCGUCUACCGCUGUGCAUUCGACCACAGCUCCUCAGGGACCCAGAACACCCGAGAUGGCUCAACGAAGCCGACCCCGGCAGAUGUGGAUGGAAACACCCAACUUCACCCUGGAGUCGCAGUCGUGUGAAAUUCAGUCACCGGCCCUGAAGAGCGACUCUCCAUCUGGCCCUCGCGCGCGUACACCUCUCGGCCAGCUAGACCGCAACAGCCCACGCCCGGUCAAGACCACACUUCUCAAGCGGAAAUUGGACGACGACGACGGCCCAGGAUCAGAACCCAAAGACGCCGCCGGACAGGACGCGUCGCAACCCUCACCCAAGCGCAGGCGGAAUCUCCGGGCGCGAAAGCCCCUCGCCGAGCCCGCGCCGCGCAACCCCCGUCUCGUGCGCAACACGGAGAAGGACCUCGCCUCGUUGACGCGCGCUAACACCCGCACCAACAAGGGCAACGCCCUCUUCCCGUCCGAAAUCCUCGCCAAGCACGCCGAAGACCCGCUGGGCUACCAGUGGAAAGAGCGCAAGGCGGUAGUCGACGCGAAGGCGGCGCGGGUCCCCCGGGCGGGCGCUAAGAGCGUCCGCUGGCCCGAUGUGCUGGCCGAGUAUUUCGAGAGGCCGGCGAGCGCGAGCGGCUCCGACGACGAGCAGCAGCAGCAGCAGCAGCAACAGCAGCAACAGCAACAAGAGCAACAAGAGCAACAAGAUGCUGCGGCAGGUGGUGCGGCGGAGCAGGGGGGGUGUGAUGAAGCUACCGCCGUUUCCGAACCCGUCGUCGCCGCCGCCACGCCUACGAAGAAGAGGUCCGGGGUACUGCCUCGUAAGAAUGGCACCCCUCGGUCUAAACUCCCUGCUCCUGUCUCUCGAACGCGGCGGACGGCGUCUCGCGUUGCUGCUGUCGGGGGUGUCGAGGACGAUAAUAAGGACGUGAGUCGCGUUGCUGCGACGUCGGCGAACGAGGCUGCGAAGACGCAGAGGCCUCUCCGCGCCAGGAAGGUGGCGGCGCCGGCGCAGAGCGAGGUUGCUGCGGAGGAGAAGAGACCUGUUCGGACGAGGAGGGCGGCUGCGCAACAGUCCAAUUUGAGGAUGGGCCUGACGGCCAGCGGGACGCCACGACGACGCAGCAUGCGUACGGCUCCUAAGUGA